UUUUUUUUUAGCUCCCUUGCAGCCCCUUUAUUACUUCCCAGCAGCCUCUUCUCUCUCUCUUUCUCCGUGCUGUUUUAAUAGAAGGCAGAUUCCUUCUAGCCGGCACCAUGGUAAACCUCAGGCCUCUCAUCAAGCCGAGGAUCGUUAAGAAACGUACCAAGAAGUUCAUCCGCCAUCAGUCUGAUCGAUAUGUCAAGGUCAAGAAAAAUUGGCGUAAACCCAGAGGUAUUGACAACAGAGUGCGCAGGAGGUUCAAGGGCCAGAUUCUGAUGCCAAACAUCGGUUAUGGAAGCAACAAGAAGACAAAGCACAUGCUCCCAACUGGAUUCAGAAAGUUUUUGGUACACAACAUCAAAGAACUCGAGGUCCUCAUGAUGAGCAACAAAACCCACUGUGCAGAGAUUGCCCACAAUGUCUCCUCUAAGAACCGAAAGAUCAUUGUUGAGAGAGCCGCACAACUGGCUAUCAAGGUCACCAAUCCAAAUGCAAGACUACGCAGUGAAGAGAAUGAAUAAACUGUGUUGCUUGAUCCUUACCUGUUUCAAUUAAAAAAAAAAAAAAAAAAAAAAAAAAAAA